AAUUAUAAAUGUAAAUAUUAUUAAUGGAGCUCAUGUAUUCAACUCAUAUGAUCUCCUUAUAUAAAUACGUUAGUUCGACAAACAUAAUUAUUGGAACAAAAAGUAGUAGCAAUACUUAUAACAGAAUAAUGGCUAAUUUGGAUCAAAAUAGCGUGAAGAAAAGUAAUUCCACAUCCAUACUCAGUCAGGCCCGCCGGAAAAUGUCAUUCAGACGGAAGAAGUUACCGGUAGAAGGUGGAAGGAAGAAGCAGCGGCGGAAAUUCUCUCCGAUGAAGAUUUUCCGACUAGAUGGUUUGAAGGGACAUAAGUUAGGGAUGAAUAAAAUAAAAGAAUUUUACUGGUCAGCGGUAAAUGACAUAUUGGAACGAAAAGGAGAAGAUGCAUUCCAGCGACAGCUUGCAACGGAGACCUCUUUUGCUAUUCCCAUGAUGGGCUUUUCCUUCGCUUUGCUUUCACCAAAUCCUCGUGCUAUUUGAAACUUUAUUAAUUAACUAAUGGUCUCUCUUUCAUUUGCUUUAACAAAAAUAUGAAUUACUUCUUCUCUUUAAUCAAAUCAUAUAUAUAUA